AUGGAUGCCAACGGCGCGACCGAGAGCAAGUACGUGACUCUAGUCUCGAGUGAUGGCUACGAGUUUGUCGUCUUGCGCGAGGCCGCCAUGAUCAGCCCGGCUAUCAAGGGAAUGCUGGACACCAGGAACAACUUCCGUGAGGCUGCCCUGGGCCGCUGCGUCUUUGAAGAGAUCAGCACCUUCACCAAGUUCCGAAUCCACUGGCUGUUGCUAUGA